AUGUUCAAAGCACCAUACCCACCUUAUGAUCCAACUGAUACAUCUGGAUAUGAAACAGUAGUGAAGAGGUGGCCCAUCAUCUUGACAAACAUCAUCGAUCAUGUGCAUCGUCUUCUCCAUGACAUGACUUUAGAAGCCCAACAAGCCCACAAUUCGGAUGCUUCUAAGGUAGAAGAGCUAUCUAAGAAGGUAACCGAGGGGCAAGAAAUUAUCUCGGAAAUAAGCCGUUUGAAGUAUCGCAUGGCAAGGGACCACGAACUCGAAGAAAUUCCUCAGGAUGGGGACAUUCUAGUCGCUGAAUAUAAUGCCGACCUCGAGAGUCUGAAACAGACGUCCCAGAACACUUGGUUCAAGGCACCGUGGUUAUAUGCAGAAUACCGUCUGAUCCGCACGUAUUUUAACCAGAAGACAUACUGGCGCGGAUUUGACCCGUUUUCUACUCCAAAAGAGGAGAUGUUCAAAAGUAGCGGAACAGCUAUCUACCAGAUCGCAACCACGAUGCACGAAUUGGAAAGUGAGAAGGCCAAACUUCAAGGAGAACCUGAUAAGCUUGAAGUGCUAUUCAAGGAGAUGAUUCAGAUGUGCCUUUGGUUAGAUCUUUCUCUCUUGACGCACCUCUCGCAGUCGGACAUAGAACAUUUGCAGACGGUCGGUAAAGAGGCUCAGGAGGCGAGGACAGAAUUCAUUCUCAAGGACGAUCAAGCUGCUGUUUGGAGUUACAUCAAGACUCUGGCCAAUCAAGGAAAGCGUUUAGACUUUGUACUAGACAACGUACAGCUAUUUACUGAUUUCGUGUUUGCGGACUUUUUGGUCACUUACACUCCAUACUUCUCUCAAGUUGUGUUUCACCCCAAACUAUUUCCGUGGUUUGUUUCUGAUGUCACCCCUACUGACUUUGCGAAGACUAUUUCGUCUCUCCUUUCUACCACAUUCUUUCCACAACACUCCACGACCAGUCCAGAUUCUGUUGCCCACUUACAACAAAUGGUCACUCGAUGGCAAAAUUACAUAGACAGGGGCAUCUUCACGCUUGCCACAGACAUCAGUAAUGGGCAGAAGAUGACGGAAUUUUGGAAUGGCCCGUGGCCUUACUGGAACAUGAACGAACUAGCACCGGAGUUGGGGCAGUGGUUGAGUGGUUCCGGGUUGGUCAUUUUCAAGGGGGACCUCAAACUUGCAGGUGAUGUCAAGUGGCCUGUAUCCACUCCAUUUUCAACUGCGAUCGGCCCCCUGGCAGGAUCGUUUCCACUUCUCAGCCUUCGUACGAAUAAGGCUGACGUAGCCGUGGGUAUAGAUGAGAAAGUAGCAGAGGAUCUUGACAACAGAGAUGAAAAGUGGAGAGUAAGCGGGAAGUGA